GAGAUUUCCUUUCCGCCACCGAUCCAACAUGGCGUCGUAGAGACGUUGUUAUUGUUCUAGCACUCAUUCAAGCACUGGUCUAACUCCACUUUAUAGGCGGAAGCGGCCCUGUGAGGUUGGCGUGGGUAUGAGCGGGAAUAUCAGGAGAUAAUGCUGAGAACAACCGGCUUCUUCCGUGGGCUUGACUGUCCAUUUUCCACGGAAGCUUCUGGGUGCAACAGACCUUACUGUCACUUCAGGCACGGCCAGCAGCGACGGAGCUGCUACGGAGGCGCACUCGACGCUCAGAAGCUCCAUUCGGCCCAAAAAGAACAAGGCUAUGACCCGUCCAAACCAGAAGUUGAGAGGCAGCAGAAUGAGACGCCAUCCCCUUCGGGAGACCUCAGCGGCGAACUGGAGCUGGUCAACAAGGCUAUCGAGGAGGUUCGCAAUGAGGUGGAGAGGGAGAAGAGGAAGCUGUCAAGGAUUGGGGACGAACCGUAUAAUUCCAGCGGAAGAAGCGUGUCUUCCUGUGAUGUCGUCCAAGGUCAAGCUUCGGCAGCCGGCACACACUUGGCGUACGAUCCCGGUUGUUACCAGAUGACAUCUGGAGGGUAUAACCCCAAUCCUGGUUGCAGCAAGUACACGCUGGAUUCGGACAGUCGGGGAAGCUAUAGCAACUCCAUGGAGUACGUGCCUACAUCUUUAAAAAAGAACCCAUCUCGAACACACACACAGAAAAUCCCCUCUUCUCCCCCAAGUCCAAAGUAUUCCAGGACAUCCUCCUCAACAUGUAAAUACACGGUGGACACUUCGAGGCCCUCUACAGACAUGGAGUAUGACCCACUCUCCAACUAUGCCGCAGGGAUUGCGGCAAAAAACAAGAGGGAUAACAACAACCGGGAUGUUGCGGUGGAGGGCAAAAAGAUGCAGAAACUCAAAGCAUCAGCUGACGCUUUUGUCCCGUCUGUGAAUAAAGCACAGCAGCAGACUGUGGAUACAAACAAGUACACAUUCUCGGACUCUGAGGAGGAGAGCUCUGGAACGGAAUACAGACCCACUUCGCUUAGUAGUCUCCAGCAGAGGAAAGGCAGGAGUUUAUUGCUGACGGGAGCUAAUGUCGGGGAAGACAGAACUAAAGGUGCCCUAAAAGCACUGGGGCAGAGAAAUAAAGGGGACUUUGUAGAGGACUUAGUCAUGCUGGACCAGAUCCAAAAAAAGAUAAGCCCAAAUAAAAAGAACAUGAUCAGUCAAAGUAGUCACGUAAAGAGUGACAAGUCUAAGAAAGAAAAAGUGGGCCAAUCCUCUCUUAGCAGUAAAAGUACCAACAAAAACAAGGAGUCAUUAAAAAACUCUCGUCAGGCCUGUACGAAAAAGGAGAAUAAAAGUCAUGAUAAGACUGACGAUAAAAAGAAUACGGUUGAGGUCAAGGUUAAGACAGCCAACAAAGUUAAUAGGGAGCACAAAAAAGGCAAUGGAAAGGUGACAUUUACAAAAAAAGUUAAAACCAACUCGAGCAAACGAGAUAAAGACACGGAAAACCGUGCAGGGGAAAGUGGGAAGUCCAAGACAUUAGAUAAGGGCAAGCAGAAGGAGUGGCAACACAAAAACGGUAAACUGGACAGUAACAAAAGAGAUAAGGAUGGAAAGAAAGUAAAAGAUAGCUCUUCUAGUGCUAAGAGUAAUAGUAGUUCUGCCAGCAGCAAAGAAAAAAUCAAACGUAUCGUAAGCCUCAAAAACGGGAAAAGGCUGCCGGAGAAACGGAGAAGUGUGAGUCUCAGCCACGCCGAUCUUUUCGGGGACGAAAGCGGCGAUGAGGCGGAACCGAUGGAGACGGACGGCGGCUACGAAGAGCCAGAGGAAACGCUUGUGAGGAAAUGCGCUAAUGCUUUGAAGCGGGGGCGACUGAAUAAACGGAAGGCAUCGGAGCUGACGCCGUCUUCCUCUGAGGAUGAAGCCGAUGGAGCCACAGAGGCGGGCGGGGCAGAUAAAGACGCCGUUAGCGAAAUGGACUUGUCAAUCUUCCAGGAUGAUUUGGACUUUGACACAGAUCCCAUGGAGGAGUGUUUACGUAUAUUCAAUGAAUCCCAGGACGUGAAGAAGGAAGAUAAAGGAAGGCAAACUAAGCAGCCCUCUAGAGAUUUCGAAGAGGAGAAAAACACUGACAACACUUUAACCACCCUCUUUCCUGGUCAGAAGAAGAGAAUCUCACACUUUGCUGUCAAAGGAACUAGUGAUGCACCUUCAAAGAAUGUGGUUCGGCCAUGCAGGAGAACCACAGCUCAAGAGGUCUGUUAUCAACGCAUGCAGAUGGCACAGCAACAAGCCGCUGAGCUCUCUGUUUCGAUCAAAGCGGCCUCACAGAGCUCUUUCAGCACUGGCUCUCCGGGAGCAAAGAAGAGGAUUGCACACCGUCCCAAUCCACUGACAAUAUCCUCUAAAACAAGUUCUUCAGAUGCUAAACCAGCUAGCAGCCUGCUUGUUAGGACCCAAACCACCGCUGGUAUCCUGUCAAAGACCACAUCCACCAUUGGGCAAAAAAGAGUUGCCCACACACCCACCUUGAAGAGUGUUACGAUGAUGCGUCCCGUUCUCCCCAUUGAGUUUGGAGGCAAAGUGCCGACCAUCAUUCGCCAGCGCUACCUCAACAUUUUCAUAGACGAGUGCGUCAAAUUCUGCCCAUCAGAGGGCGUCGCCUUCCAGAUGGCCCUUGAUGAGGAGAAGGUGGUGUAUGAGCGCAGUAACACCAAGAACAUCUAUCUGAAUGUAGCUGUCAACACGCUGAAAAAGCUGCGCAGCAACAGCAGCUCACACUCUUCACUUGUCAGCAAGGAGGCAGUCGGACAUUCUUCCAGGAAGGCACAGUCUCAUGAGGAAGUAUUAGGAGGUCGCCUUGCAGCUACGACCAGUUUCACAGUCAAUAGGAUGGGGAAACAGCGAGAAGAAAAGCUAAGUGGGGCUGCACUGUACAGGAAGCUGAAGGCGUACCUGAUGACUGAGGAGCAACUGCAGGAGCAUGGAUAUCCUCGAAUGAACUCCAGCGCUGGGAAAGCUGUCAUAUAUAACCUCCCGGAGAAAAAGACAGUCACUGACCCUUUUUCCAAGAUAUGCUGCCGAUGUGGUGCCGAGUAUAAAGUCAACGUCAAUGGAAACUGUAUCCGCAAAGAAGAAUGUUGUUUUCACUGGGGACGUUUGCGCAGACAAAAAGUGGCAGGAGGCUGGGAGACAAUGUACAGCUGCUGCUCCGGUGCAGUGGGCUCUACCGGUUGCCAGACAGCCAAGCAACAUGUUCAGGAUGGCCGUAAGGAGUCUUUAGGCGGCUACGUGACCACAUUCAGCAAAACGCUCCCACCAGAUGGCAAUGGAGGAGUGUUUGCUUUGGAUUGUGAAAUGUGUUACACCAAGCAGGGCCUUGAGCUGACCAGAGUAACGGUCAUAAACGCCGAGCUAAAAGUAAUCUACGACACGUUCGUCAAACCUGAGAGCAAAGUGGUCGAUUUCAACACACGGUUUUCAGGCGUGACCGCAGAGGACUUGGAGAACACCACCAUCACCUUGAGAGACGUACAGGCUGUGCUGCUCAGUAUGUUUAGUGCUGAGUCCAUCCUGGUGGGACACAGUCUUGAGAGUGACCUCCUGGCUCUCAAGCUCAUUCACAGUUCAGUAGUGGACACAGCCAUUGUGUUCCCUCACCGACUUGGUUUACCCUACAAACGUGCCUUGAGGAACCUAAUGGCCGAACACCUCAAACGCAUCAUCCAGGACAGCGUGGAGGGCCACGACUCGAGUGAAGAUGCCUCUGCCUGCAUGGAACUGAUGAUGUGGAAGCUGAAGGAGGACGCGAAGCUCAAGAGAUGACCUCACGCCGUUCCUUCAGGUUUUGCAUCGCGCCUUUGAAGGAUAUUUUGGCGAAUAAAAAGUAAGGUUUUGAGAUGGUUUCGAGAGCACAAAAAGUCUGAAGUGGCUUCAUUUAAGUGUGAAUGCAAAGUCUCAGCCUCUUCAAAGCAACUGAGGCCCUGAUAAUCAGUGUUACUUGUACUGAUAUUUCAGUCCUCAUUUGUGCAUUUGUUUCUCUGAGCAGUUUUUAAAGCCCAAAGACUCUAAGAACUUUCUAGGAAUAAAGUAUUUCUGUUGUAACUUUAGCCUGCAUUGCACUAGAGAAAGUUCCUUAACAUGCAUAAACUGCUCAUGGUAAAGAAGUCACAAGUAGUGUCUUUAGUCUGUUGGACGUUACUAUGAAAGGCACUUUUCUCAAUGUUUGUACUCUUGCUUACCAAGGUCCAUCACGCAAGGGUCAGUUCCAAAUACUUGAUAAUAGUAAAGAAAUGUGCUAUUUAAUAUAUUUGCAAUAUAUCACUGUACUUUUGAAUACCAGGCCAUAUCUCUGUUGUGUUCCACAUUACAUGGAAUAUCUUGAUGCUCUAAGUAGAAUCCCGGCCUACGCUAUUUCAUGUUGAUGAUGACCAGCCAGGAUGCUGUAAAUAAGCUCUGUGCAGUUUCUUUUGUAUUAUGUACAUUUUUUGGUUAUAUUUUCUAUUAAAACGGUUUGAAGUCGGAAAA